AUGUACACCGCGAGGAAGAAGAUCCAGAAGGAGAAGGGCCUUGAGCCCUCCGAGUUCGAGGACUCCGUCGCCCAGGCUUUCUUCGACCUGGAGAACGGCAACCAGGAGCUCAAGAGCGACCUCAAGGACCUGUACAUCAACAAUGCUAUCCAGAUGGAUGUUGCCGGGAGUAGGAAGGCUGUUGUGAUCCACAUCCCGUACCGCCUGCGCAAGGCCUUCGGGAAGAUCCACGUUAGGCUCGUCAGGGAGCUUGAGAAGAAAUUCAGCGGCAAGGAACAACAGGGAAGCUGCAUAUGA